AAAACCAGAAACUUUUCAAGCCCUCUCUCCGCAGGGACACGAGGCCAUGGAGCUGCUCGUGUUAAUCGUGCUCGCGGCAUGCACGACGGCGGUGGCAUCCGCCGGCGUGACCAGCCCGUACCGGCGGAGUCUCAUGGGAGUCCCGCCCAUGCCCUUCGACGCCGACGUCUUCCGUCCUCCACCAGGCUACAACGCUCCGGAGCAAGUGCACAUCACGCAGGGCGAUCUCACGGGCCGCGCCAUGACCAUCUCCUGGGUCACCCCUCACCACCCCGGAAGCAACAUGGUCCGGUACGGGCUGUCCCCGACCAACCUGACACACGCCACCGAGAGCACCGCCGUCCGCCGCUACACCUUCGGCCCGAGCUACCAGUCCCCUUACAUCCACCACGCCACCAUCUCCGGCCUCGACUACAACACCACCUACCACUACGCCCUCGGCUUCGGCUACACCAACGUCCGGUCCUUCUCCUUCAGGACGCCACCGGCGCCCGGGCCCGACGCCAGGAUCAAGUUUGGGCUCAUUGGUGACCUGGGCCAGACGGCCCACUCCAACGACACGCUGGCCCACUACGAGGCCAACGGCGGCGACGCCGUCCUUUUCAUCGGCGACCUUUGCUACGCCGACGACCACCCGAACCACGACAACCGCCGCUGGGACUCCUGGGCCCGCUUCGUCGAGCGCAGCGUCGCCUUCCAGCCGUGGAUCUGGACCGCCGGCAACCACGAGAUCGACUUCGCCCCACAGAUCGGUGAGACGACGCCGUUCAAGCCGUUCAGGAACAGGUACCCAACCCCGUUCCGUUCAUCCAAGUCCACACAGCCCUUCUGGUACUCGGUCAAGAUGGGUCCCGCCCACGUCAUCGUGCUCUCGUCCUACUCAGCCUACGGCAAGUACACCCCACAAUGGGCAUGGCUCCAAGCCGAGCUCGCCCGCGUCGACCGCAGCAUAACGCCGUGGCUCAUCAUCUGCGUGCACUCCCCAUGGUACAACACGAACGAGUACCACUACAUGGAAGGCGAGACGAUGCGGGUGCAGUUCGAGCGGUGGGUCGUCGACGCCAAGGCCGACCUCGUCCUCGCGGGCCACGUCCACUCGUACGAGCGCAGCCACCGUGUCUCCAACGUGGCGUAUGACAUUGCCAACGGGAAUGCCACGCCGGCGUUCAACGCGUCGGCGCCGGUGUACGUCACCAUUGGAGAUGGGGGCAACAUGGAAGGGAUCGCCAAGAGCUUCCGGACGCCGCAGCCGGACUACUCGGCCUUCAGGGAGGCUAGCUUCGGGCAUGCCACGCUGGAGAUCAUGAACCGGACCCAUGCCUACUUCGAGUGGCAUCGGAAUCAGGAUGGGGUUAAGGUCGUUGCUGACAAGGCUUGGUUCACCAACAGAUACUGGUUGCCCACAGACACCAAUUAGAUAUAUUGUACUAGCCAAUUUAUUUCCAGUUUUUGUUUUACAAUUUUAGAACUCGUAGAGCGAGACGUUUUAGCAAGAGCAUAGGUUGAUUGGUCGGUCGAACUAGAGAAGUAGUACGAAGCUAGCUAGUGCGCAAUUUUGCAGAGUAGUUGAACAAGUAAUCUCUAUAGAUCACUACGAUUUUCCUGUUUUUAUGGCAA